GAAACUGCUGUAGCUGAGAAGUUAAAUCAAGAAAAACUACUACCUGCUCUGGCUGUUAGUUUAUAUAACAGUUACUAUCCACUCCUCUCUCAGUCUCUCUCUGAUCCUGUCAGUUUAGCUAGGUUGCUUCAAAGAGAGGGUGUCAUAACAGGACAAGUAUUGGCUAGUGUGGAAUCAGCUAGUCCCUCUGUUCCUAAUCAACGUGAAGUCCUGUUAGCUGCCAUUAGAGAAGCUAUUCAAAGCAAGUAUAGUUUACUACAAACAUUUGCUAGUGUGUUGUGCAAGUUCACUGAUAAUGUACAGCUAGGAAAGUCAUUGCUGCGAGAUUAUGAUAAGCAUCUUCCUAUUAUUUAUGAACAUGUUAAAGUUGAGAUUCCUGUUUCAAUGAGUAUAUCACAAGAAUUCAGUUCAAUAAGAGCUUCAUUUGGAAGGAUGCAGUAUAAAGUACACAAAGCUAUAUUGAAGAAACCUCCUGUUAUAGAGGACAUAAAAUUGCUAAUAAUUUCAUGCAAUUCCAAUGUAAAGGCAAAGCUAGCUGAGUGCAAUGAUAUAUCGAGUGUAGUACAUGUGAUUGAAGGAGAGUGUUCAUUGACUGAUAUUGAACUGUUAGAAACUGUAGUUGAAGAAUUUGAAGUCACUGAAGCUGAAAGAUACAUUGAACAAUACAAGAAAGAACUUGAAGAGUCAUGCCAUUCACUGUCAGUUGAUCUUUGCUUGAAGGAGAAGUUCGAUGCUGUCAAUACAAGUCCUUCCGUUAAAUGUGAAACAGUUAGUUACAUCUUUGACUGGAGACCUGACGAAAAGGAAUUGAAAGAUAUUGCUGAUAUUCUUGCCAAGACGUCUGGUAAAUUGGUGGAGAUACAGUUUAUUAAUACUGGUAAUUGAUUUAUAUUUGUGCAUGAUAUGAGCCACUAUUUUAAUUUUUGUGUGAAAUAAUGAUAUUAAAUUUUUAAUUUUAUGAUAUGAGCCACUUAAUUUUUGUGUGAAAUAAUGAUAUUAAAUUCUUAAUUUUAUGAUAUGAGCCACUUAAUUUUUGUGUGAAAUAAUGAUAUUAAAUUCUUAAUUUUAUGAUAUGAGCCACUUAAUUUUUGUGUGAAAUAAUGAUAUUAAAUUCUUAAUUUUAUGAUAUGAGCCACUUAAUUUUUGUGUGAAAUAAUGAUAUUAAAUUCUUAAUUUUAUGAUAUGAGCCACUUAAUUUUUGUGUGAAAUAAUGAUAUUAAAUUCUUAAUUUUAUGAUAUGAGCCACUUAAUUUUUGUGUGAAAUAAUGAUAUUAAAUUCUUAAUUUUAUGAUAUGAGCCACUUAAUUUUUGUGUGAAAUAAUGAUAUUAAA